AUGACACAAGCCUCCCAACACUACCCCCAGGUUGUGACACAAGCCUCCCAACACUACCCCCAGGUUAUGACACAAGCCUCCCAACACUACCCCCAGGUUAUGACACAAGCCUCCCAACACUACCCCCAGGUUAUGUCACAAGCCUCCCAACACUACCCCCAGGUUGUGACACAAGCCUCCCUACCCCCAGGUUAUGACACUGCCUCCCAACACUACCCCCAGGUUAUGACACAAGCCUCCCAACACUACCCCCAGGUUAUGACACAAGCCUCCCAACACUACCCCCAGGUUGUAUGCCUCCCAACACUACCCCCAGCCUCCCACUACCCCCAGGUUAUGACACUACCCCCCCCAGGUUGUGACACAAGCCUCCCAACACUACCCCCAGGUUAUGACACAAGCCUCCCAACACUACCCCAGGUUAUGACACAAGCCUCCCAACACUACCCCCACAAGCCUCCAAACACUACCCCAGGUUAUGACACAAGCCUCCCAACACUACCCCCAGGUUAUGUCACAAAGCCUCCCAACACUACCCCAGGUUGUGUCACAAGCCUCCCAACACUACCCCCAGGUUGUGUCACAAGCCUCCCAACACUACCCCCAGGUUAUGUCACAAGCCUCCCAACACUACCCCCAGGUUAUGUGACACAAGCCUCCCAACACUACACCCAGGUUAUGUCACAAGCCUCCCAACACUACCCCCAGGUUAUGACACAAGCCUUCCAACACUACCCCCAGGUUGUGACACAAGCCUCCCAAAACUACCCCCAGGUUGUGAUGCUACGCACAGAAUCAUUGGGAGUUGGUAUCAGAUUUAGUUUUGAUCUGUGA